UCACUCUCCUUCUUCCCCUGCAGAUUUCAGCCAUCAGUUGGUGUGCGUGUGUGUGUGUGUGACUUGUGCAAUCAGCAGCUGGCUGGCUUCUCCUGGCAGCAAGUGAGGGGCUGCCCGGCCUUAUCUCCGGCCUGUUAUAAAUAGCCUGGUGCAUGCCAAGCGGGCAGCACAGGAUGGGGUCUCUUGAGCAGUGAUCUGGGAAGGCAAAGGGAGGCCCAGAAACCCCCAGGCUGGUCGGGGCGUGGAUAGAACCAUUGGAGGAAGGAGCCAAAGUUCAAAAAAAAAAAAAAAAACCCCGAGCGGGACGGACAUUUGACUGUUUCCCAAGUCGGAGGAAGGACAGACGCCAGGAUGACACAGAAGGCAGGAAAGAGCCUGAAGGAAAAAGUGGCCCUCAGGAACAGUCUGCUGAAGGAAGCGCUGGCAGAACUCCUGGGGACCUUCAUCCUGAUUGCGCUGGGCUGCAGUUGCGUGGCACAAACCGUCCUGAGCAGGGGGGCCCUGGGAGGAGCACUGACGAUCUCCGUUGGCUUCGCCAUGGCCGUCACCCUGGCCAUCUACGUGGCCGGAGGCGUCUCUGGUGGUCACAUCAAUCCAGCCGUCUCCUUCGCCAUGUGCCUGACUGGGAAGAUGAAGUGGGCCAAAUUCCCCAUUUAUGUCCUGGCACAGUUUCUGGGUGCCUUUCUUGGAGCUGCUGUGGUCUUUGGCAUCAACUAUGACGCUCUCAUCUUCUACACGGAUGGCAACUUCACUGUCGGAGGGGCCAACCCCACAGCACACAUUUUUGCGACUUAUCCUCAGGAAUAUUUGUCCCUGACCAACGGCUUCGCAGAUCAGAUGCUGUCCACGGCCUUUCUUAUCCUGGGGGUCUUUGCCAUCUUUGACACGGACAACUUGGGGGUCCCGAAGGGGCUGGAGCCCAUUGCCGUCGGCCUCCUCAUCAUACUGCUGACCUGUUCCAUGGGCCUGAACAGUGGCUGCGCCAUGAACCCAGCCCGAGAUCUGAGCCCCCGCCUCUUCACCUACCUGCUGGGCUGGGGGCCUGAAGUCUUCACAGCCGGCAAUAGCUGGUGGUGGGUUCCCAUCGCCGGCCCCAUGGUGGGGGCAGCCCUGGGAGCUGCCACCUACAUGCUCUUCAUCGGGAUCCACCACUUCCCUCCCUCCCCUUGCCAGAAGACGGACGCCCUCCACGAACACGAACUGGCCCACCUGGAGGAGGGGAAGUAGGGCCCAACGAAGCUCCCAGUCCGUCCCCCCCAGAGGACCACAAGAAACGCCCUCCCAGAAGACAAGUGGCAGGAGGCCACCCUCAGGAAAGCUACUUUCCAAUCAGAAAACGAUUCAUUGACAUCCUGCGGGCCUCUGCUCCCCCUCCCCCCCCUCAAGUCUUGAACCUCCACCCCCUGCAAACAGCAAAGGGCGUCUGGGGAAACCCAGGCAGCGCCUCCCCUCCACCCCCAGCCUCCAGUGCUGGACCCCCUCCCCUUGAGCAGUCGGCAGAGCCGCUUCCACACCUGAGUUUGAAAACCCGCUUUGGCUUCAAUCUGGGCAGCUGGAGGAGAGCAGCACCCAGAACCAGCUCAGCCUCCUGGGCACCGAGGUUCCCCCAAGGGCGCUGCCCAGAGAAUGGGGCUUCCUGAGCUGUUGCCAGCCAUGGUUGCUGCCCAGGGAAUGGCUGAAGGGGGGGGGGGGCUUGUGGAAAAGCAGGCUGCCUAGUAAAAGUGGCAGGCCCCUCUGCUGCUCCCCCCCCCCACGCCCCCUGGAAGCCUUCUCCCCAGCCGCAGCCCAGCAGUUGCCAACAAAGCCACAACCUUGACUCAGGUGCGGGAGGACGCAUGUUUUGGAGCUCUGCAGGGAAGUCCAAGGGACCCUGGCCAGAGAAGCCCAAGGCAGAGGAGAGGGCAGCUCCGUGAAGUGGGGGUGGGUGGGUGGGUCAGCAGCAGCAGCAGAGAAAUCCGGGGGGGGGGGGGGGCUCUGACAGAGAGAAGCCCUGAGGUGGGCUAGUGAAGAGCAUAGUUUAGAGGAAAUCGUAGUAGAAUAAUAGGGAGUAGCAAUAGUAGCAAUUGAGUAGUAUGGAGUAUAACAUAAUGAAUAGUAAUGAGUAUAAACAUUGUCAGGGUAUGUUGUAACAGGGACGUCCAUAGAAACAGUAUAGAGAAAGCAAUAGAAUGGAAUAUAGGAAGUUGGGUCACUUUUAUUAGUUUGUUUUUACCAAAUAAAACCACUUCCCAACCCUCCCAGACCAGGGACAGAUAGGAGCUCCCCCUACUCCAGGCCUUUAGUGUCUCUUGUGGGUCAAGGAAUGGGGUAGAAUUUAAAAAAGAACCUUCUCUUGCUUAUGCUCACGCACACACGCAUGCACGCACACAUAGGCAACGCAGCAUUUGUCAGGACCCCCAAAGGAACAGAUCCGGAACCCCCAGCCCAGCCCAGCCGCCUCUUUCUUGUCAAGCCGAUGGAGCAGCUGUGGCUUCAGCAAAGGUGUUGGAUGCUGGAUUCGAACUGGCUUCUUCGACUGCCUCCAGCCCCAGGGUGGAAUUCUGCCUUGUUCCAGAGGGACAUCCGGAGGGACGGUGAAUAAAGAGCAUCUUCUCCCAA